CAGCCGGGGAGCCGCGGAGAUCCAGAGCGAUGCUGGAGCCUGGCUGGCUGCGGGGCAGCCUCGCCUCCGGAGCUGCUGCUCGCUUGGGCUGCUGAGCGCCGGGCGGACGCGUCCGUCCCCUGCCCUGGGGGCCGCCGCCGCCGCUGCGAGAUGGGAAGCGAUUGCCCGGGGCUCGGCGCUGGAAAUGUAACGCAGAGGAGCUGCUCCCACUAACAGAUCGCUGACCUGUUAGCCCAGGCUGGCCUGUGCCCCCCCCGCCCCGCGGCAGCGGUACACCCCGAGCCUGCUGGACCACCCCUCUGGUGUCCCUAUGGAAGCAGCUGUUUCUAUCUGAGAUUAGGACCGUAUGCAGAAGUUGAGGAGGGGGAUGGCUUGUCCUAUUCAUGAAGCCUGCAUACUUCUAUUGCUAAUACUUGGGUUGGUCACCCCAGCUGCCAUCAAUCAUGAAGACUACCCUGCUGAUGAAGGCGACCAGACUUCAAGUAAUGACAAUCUGAUCUUUGAUGACUAUCGAGGGAAAGGCUGUGUGGAUGACAGUGGCUUUGUAUACAAACUGGGAGAACGUUUUUUCCCAGGGCAUUCCAACUGUCCUUGUGUCUGUACUGAGGAUGGACCUGUUUGUGAUCAACCAGAAUGCCCUAAAAUCCACCCAAAGUGUACUAAAGUAGAACACAAUGGAUGCUGCCCAGAGUGCAAAGAAGUGAAAAACUUUUGUGAAUAUCAUGGGAAAAAUUACAAAAUCUUGGAGGAAUUUAAGCCCUCUCCAUGUGAAUGGUGUCGCUGUGAGCCCAGCAAUGAAGUUCACUGUGUUGUAGCAGACUGCGCAGUUCCUGAGUGUGUCAACCCAGUCUAUGAACCAGAACAGUGUUGUCCUGUCUGCAAAAAUGGUCCAAACUGCUUUGCAGGAACCACCAUAAUUCCGGCUGGCAUUGAAGUGAAAGUGGAUGAGUGUAACAUCUGUCACUGUCACAACGGGGACUGGUGGAAGCCUGCUCAGUGUUCAAAACGCGAGUGCCACGGCAAGCAGACUCUGUAGAGGCAAAAUCCAGACCAAUGACGAGUCUAUUAAAAGACAAAUGUAAUGGCUUCUACACUGCACAUGUUAAACCUCCUGCCAGCUGUGCUAGGGUCACCAGCAAAACCUUUCAGGGUUAACAAAAGUGAAUAUUUUGCUAACAGGAAAGUUCUCUCACACGCUGUAUACAGAAUAUAUAUCCAGUAGCUAGAUAUCUAAUCUGCUUUUGCUUGAUGGGGACUCAGUAGCUGAGGUUUUGGAAGGGAAAAUACCUGCACAGGUUCCUCCACUCAUAAUGCCUCCAACCUGCCAAUUAACUUGUAGCUUAUCUAUCACUUCCUACAGUGUGAAUUGCAUUUUUGCUGUUGUGAUUUUUUUUUUUAAGCAUCUUCCUAAACUUUCUCCCAGACAGGGUCUUCUGGGUAAUAAGGUUAUGGGUUAAAUAAGAAUGAAUACUUUUUAAAUGUUUAAUGAUGCUGACAAAGAGAUGGGAGGUGGAGGGAUGGAUAGAUGGAAGAAAUCAACCUGGACUGUAAACUACAGAAAGGUUGGACUAGAUGCACAGAGAAAGAGGGAUCAACCACGCGCUAGAAACACGCUGUCUGUGUUAUGCUUUCUCCACCAAGUGGGGACAAUCAAGUUGAAGAAAUCUACACAAUACUCAUGACCGAUACAUGAAAGCUGUCAAUCAAAUCACUAAACGAUGCCGGAUAACAUCAGUAGGUGGGUGUAACUCCCUUGAUACCAAUGAACGUGGUGGGGAAACACGAACCAAAAUAAUUUGGAAAACGACACACACCAGGUUUGCAGCCAAGGUUGAAAAUGUGCCCCAUUUGUCACCAGCAUUGCUCAAGCUCUUUGCUUUGGACUGUUUGUAAUCACUUGGGAUACACGUACAUUCCUGGUGUACCUGUGCUGCCUUACAGCAGUGAUUAGUUUGGCCCUUUGUGGCUUCUGCUAGCGUAAACAGUGGGGUCAACAGGCGCAGACUCAUUGUGAAUCUAAUCAGCAUUGACACUAGCCCUCUGAUUUGGUUUCAACAUGCAGCUUCCCUGAGCUACAUCUGCAUUUACCUUGUCAGUGGGCCAUCACCACUCUGCACCAAACCCUCGUCUCACUGAAGUCAAUGGCCAAAUUUCACUUGACCUCAGUGAGACCAAAGAUUUGACCCACUGUUUCUAUUGCAAGUGCAGAUCUGAAUGCGUCUCUGACCAGCCCCCAGUGAGAUUUCUGCAGCUGUUUUCUGGAGAUUUUUUUUUUAUGAAUUAAAAUCACAAAACUGCCCUGGAGCACCAGCAGAAAUAGUGAUAAGGACAACUGGUUGUUCACAGAGCAAGCUAAACCUGUGCCCUUACUAACAUACAUGGUGUGAGCUGUGGCAGUGUGUUCUCCUGUCCUAUGGACAGUGGACAACACUCCUAAUUAGCCCUUCACUUUCUCGCCAUCCCCCAAGGCCUGUAACCAUGAUGGCCAAGGAAUCCAUCUGUAACAUCCCCACUCUCAGGAGAUGAGCAUGCUUCUCGCACCUCAGACACUCCUAGACCCUAGCAGCCCAAGAGCAAAUGAUCAAGUUUUGGGAAGAGGGAUAGCUCAGCGGUUUGAGCAGUGGCCUGCUAAAACCAGGGUUGUGAGUGCAAUCCUUGAGGGGGCCAUUGGGGGAUUAGUUGGGGAUUGGUCCUGCUUUGAGCAGGGGGUUGGACUAGAUGACCUCCUGAGGUCCCUUCCAACCCUGAUAUUCUAUGAUUCUAAGAAAUGUCUGAUCCCUACAUGGAGCUCAUCCUGGGACUCUUCCCAUUGACUUCAGUGGUAAGUGGCCAAGACUCAGACUGGUGUGAUGGGCUACCAGUGACCUAGGCCUGCAAAGACAUAGUUCCCAGGAUUUACAAUAGCACUUCUCAUACAAGGCCAGACUAUUAACCUCCUCUCCAUGCAGAGUCAUACCUUCCUCCUGGUGCAGCUCAGUGGAAGCCAAUGGGUCCAUUCAUGAAGUAAGGUCUCAGCAUGAGACAGAGGGUCAGAACAUCUCCCCCAGACAUUACAAGUCUUCCCUCCUAAUAGCAGUUUGUGCCAGCAAGAGCCAUUCCUGAAAUGAACGUGGUGAGGCGUUGGCCCUCAAACUCCUUGAGUAAACUGGUUUCCUGGUGGUACAAAUAGCUUUGCCAUCCUGCAGUCCAGCAAGAGCCCCUUCUGCAGAGCCCCAGCCUGCGCCAAGGUUGGAACUUUGCAGUGGCAGCCAUUCAUAGAUAAUACGCGCUCUUGAAUCAUUCAUGAGCAUCCCUGUGUGACUGAUUCAUGCCCACACACAGUAGCGGCAGUCCAGGCUUUCUGUGCACAGAGCGACAUGGCUUCCUUUGCAGUAAGGUAGCCUAGUGCCAGCUUUGAAAUUCACAUUCAUGGGAAUAAAAAAUAAACGAUGUGGCUGGGGUGGAAACACAAAGGAGACCUUUAGUAGAGCCAUGAUGUAUCCAUUAUUAAGCAGCUACAGUGUCCUUCUCGGGGGGACGAAAAGCAAACAUUCAACUAGGACACCAAGAUGUAAUAAUUCUGCAUCAAAGGAGGAUAAGCACACCAAGAACUAUGGCAAGGACGUACUAGGGCAAAGGUGCAUACACGGAGAAGCCAUCUUCAGAAAGCAGCUACCAACACUGCUGGAGGAGGGCAGCACCAUGGUCUUUGUUAGCAGCCAGAGAGUGUCUUUUCCUGGCGUCUCACUGCAAGCUAUUUACUUUCAGGCUUCGUAGCCCUGACACCUGUUUGUUUAUCUUCCUGAAGAUGUAACCCAAUACUGGGACAGACCUUGUCAAAGCAGUGAUACCACUUUACAGUUCUGGUAUAACCAGGUCCUGGCUUUGGAACCAUUGGUUGCUUUUUUAUUUAUGGUUUUUUUGUUAAGACUUUGGGCCCCAAAACUGCUCCAUGGCAAACUCUUGGGGACAGCUCCUUGGCGGCUUUAAAUUAGCACCGUUCCUCUGAAAUCAAUGGAGCCAUGUUGAUGUAAACCAGCUGAGGAGCUGGUGCACUUUGGCGUCAAUGGUAGGAGAAUCAGGCCCUGUGUUUGCAACCAUCCUGUUGCCUCUGUAUUCUUAUUUCCUCCCCAUUUGAGUUUUAUUGGCGCCAGAUUCGCAGCUGCCAGAAUUCAGCAUAGCGCUGUUGAAGUCAACUACGAUUUACACCCGCUGAGAAUGUGGUCCAUGUACACUGCUACUGUUAAAUAAGGAACCAUCCUAUUUACUUGGUCAAUGACAAGCCAAUUUCAAAACGCGCUAAACAACAGUGUGCCUGAAAAACGAAUGGGACAAAAACCCCAAACUUGACUGUAAAAAAAUAUGGGGUUCUAGCAACAAUAUUUGAUGUGUAAAAAUAUAUUAUUAAAAAUUAUUUUGUUAAAUAUAAAGUGUGUUAACCUGCAAAACAAAUGUUUUUGGUGUAUUUUACUCUGCCACUUGUCCCCCCCGC